GAGCAGCACGGGGCGCUUCUGUCCAAAGCGAGCAGGACCCGCCGCACUGCCCGCCGCCAUGGAGCCUGGGCCGCCCAGCGGCUCCAGGCCCACCGAGCAGGGGCCUUGCCUGAGCGGCCUACUCGGCGCACACCAGGCAGCUCCGGCCUCCUCGCCAAGCGCGGCCGGGGCCGAGCCGGGGCGCUGCCCGCUGUCUGUGGCGGCCGUGUUACCCGCAGGGGGGUGCGGGGAGAGGAUGGGCGUCCCCACCCCGAAGCAGUUCUGCCCCAUCCUGGAGCGGCCGCUCAUCAGCUACACCCUGCAGGCCCUGGAGAGAGUAUGUUGGAUAAAGGACAUUGUUGUGGCAGUAACGUCCGAGAACAUGGAAGCAAUGAACAGUAUCAUUCAGAAGUACCAGCAUAAGCGCAUCUCACUCGUUGAAGCUGGAGGGACCCGUCACAGGUCAAUUUUCAAUGGACUAAAGGCACUGGCAGAGGACCAGCCUGACUCAAAACUGUCUAAACCAGAAGUUGUGAUUAUCCAUGAUGCUGUCAGACCAUUUGUUGAGGAAGAUGUCCUCUUCAAAGUUGUCAUAGCUGCUAAGGAACAUGGGGCAGCAGGAGCAAUUCGACCUCUUGUAUCUACUGUCAUUAGUCCAUCUGCUGAUGGGUGCUUAGACCACUCACUAGAACGUGCCAGAUACAGAGCAAGUGAAAUGCCACAGGCUUUUCUAUUUGAUGUGAUCUAUGAAGCAUAUCAGCAGUGUAGUGACUACGACUUGGAAUUUGGAACUGAGUGUUUGCAGUUGGCUCUAAAAUACUGUCAUACUAAUGCCAAACUUGUGGAAGGAUCACCUGACCUUUGGAAGGUGACCUACAAACGAGAUCUGUAUGCGGCUGAAUCGAUUAUUAAGGAGAGAAUUUCCCAAGAGAUUUGUGUAGUUAUGGACACCAAAGAAGGUGAAGAACAUAUAGGUCUUCUUCUUGAAGCAGUGCUGAAAUGUGAAUUAAAUCAUGUGAAAAUCACAUCUGGUGCUCUGCAGCAUGCUGGUUCAGAUCUUCAGCGAAUCAUCUCAGAGCAAUGCUAUAAUUUUGUUUGUGUAAAUGUGAUGACCUCUGAUUUUCAGGAUACCCAGAAGUUACUGAGUAUACUGGAAGAGAGUAACCUUUCCACUUUGUAUCCUGUUGUGGUCGUUUCAGUACAUUUUCUUGACUUUAAAUUAGCAACUCUUGGUCAGAAAAUGGAAAAUCUAAUGUGGAUUAGGGGAUUUGCAAAGGAAAUGAAGAGAAGAAAUAUUUUGUUAUGUGGCCUUCUCGUAUGUUACCCACAGGAUGAGCAGAAACUACAAGAGAGUUUAAAGCAAGCUGCUAUCAUUAUUGCUGCCUUAAUCAAAGAAAGAAAUUCUGGACUGGUUGGUCAGCUCCUGGUAGCAUGAAGAGCACAGAAAAUGACCCAUUAGGCUUUUUAAAACAUCAACCCAAGUAUCUCUGUUGUGCUUCAUUUCCCUGGGUCGUGUGAGGUAGAGUGUUUAAGUUGUUUUCUUUGUCAUCUUAUAAUUAAUUUGUAGGCUGUGAUACUUAGAUGAUAGAAGUGGAUCAAUGCUUAUAUCUGUAAAGCAAACAUAUUUUUGUGUAUGUCAAAUAUUAAUUGCUUGGACUAGAAAAGAGUAGAUCAAUAGAAAAUAAUAACCUUCACUAGAGGAAUCUGUCCACAAAGGCAUGAAAGAAAUAAGGAUGAAUAAGCUAUUCUUUCAAGGAAUAAGAAUUUGGAAAACUCCAGCUGUUGUCUUAACUCUAUGAUAAUAAAUUACACUGUAAUAAAGCUAAUGGAUAAGCUUCAGAAUUAUUCUCAAUCCUGAAAUUGUCCACUCACCAUGUGGUGGUUUAUCUUUUUGCCUUUCAUCGAAAUUUUCCUGAUCUUAAAAAAAGAGAGAGGUUGACAGUGAAUGAAAGUCCUUUGUAUCAAAUAUCUU